CUUUUUCAAGCAGCUGACACAAGAGAAAAGAAUCCUGCCCUGGUCACCGAAGGAGCUGCAACCAGGUACUUCCCUGCUUAUGGAAAGACGGCAAGUGACAGUACAACCCUGGAACUGUACGACGGAGCCAGUAUCCAGCAAGGUGAAAAGAGGGCCAGAAAAUAACAAAUUCAACCGGUUUCAGCACUGAGUGUCUUUGAUGUCUUCUUUAAGACUCCUUGAAGAGCAGCUCCUAUUUUUUAAACCUAGCUUAGUGGCUGAUAGCUCCUAGCAUUUUGCCUCAAUGCACCACUGGAAUACCUGUGCCAGCCUUCAGAACUUACUGCCUGAAAGUAUGAGAGACCCUUGCUGUUGCAAGUGAAAUCCAAUUAAGGACCUAAGCCUGCGAUCUUUCUGAAAACCACUGCUUAAAGAUCUUCUACUUACCGACUAGUACUGUCUUUUUCUGAAUGCUCUUUGGGCAUCCUUGGGUGUGCACAAAGAGGCUCUGCAAACAGGAUCUAUUUCCCUUAAAAGCAGAAAGCAAGUAUGGACUGGCCAGCAUGCGUUACGGACUAGGAAUGCAGGUGCGAGCGAGGAGGCUUUGGAAGGAAGAACAAGCAACAUUCCAAAAAUCACAACGUUCUUGCAGGCAGGGGAAGCCACCGAGAGGUGGGAAGGCUGUUGCCACAGUGAAGAAGAGGUACAAUAUCUAAUCGCGUGGCUGCUGCACAAGAUAACGCAACCGUAGCAGAUUACCAGAGCCAUGCCUUGCCAAGUGUAAAUUGCAUAGAUGCUUUCUGUAGUUUGCCUCAUACAGGCAGUGACGUGAGAGUCAGGGAAACACAAUACGCUUCUGAGAUAAGGAAGUUCAAAAUUAAAUAUAAUCCUUUGUAAAUAAGAAAAUUCAGUUUCAAGUAACAUUAAUCUUUGUGGCUUGAUGUUACUCGCUGGUAACAAUAGCACUGGAAAUUAUCUUGUGUGAAUAUUUUAUAAUAAUCAUCCAGAAACUGGACUAAGGGUUGCUGACAUAACAACAAAACUUUCGAAACCUAAAAAGCCCAACCAAAAGAACUGAUAAAUUUUUAGAAUAUGGAUUGUUAAUUGAGUGUGAAUCAGAAUAUAACACUGCUAUCUUACCAGUAAAGAGAUCCGAUGGAAAAAGUUAUAGGUUAGUCCAAGAUUUAAGGGCAGUCAGCAAAAUUAUGGAGGAUAUUCAUCCAGUAGUGGCUAAUCCAUAUACCUUGUUAACCAGAUUGAACAAUAACCAAAAAUGGUUUACCAUCCUGGACUUAAAGGAUGCAUUCUUCUGCCUGCCCUUAGCCAAAGAAAGCCAAAAUUUGUUUGCUUUUGAAUGGGAAAACCCCAAUACGGGAAGAAAAACUCAGUUAACUUGGACAGAGUUACCUCGAGGAUUUAAAAACAGCCCAACAGUUUUUGGAAACCAAUUAGCACGACAAGUAGAAUCAUGGAAUGCGCCCACUCAGACAGGAACUUUGCUACAAUAUGUUGAUGAUUUGUUAAUUGCUAGUGAAACUAAGGAAGAAUAUGUACAGUGGACUGUUGAAUUGUUGAAUUUUCUGGGAAUAAGCGGAUACCAAGUGUCCAAACAGAAAGCACAAUUAAUUCAAACUUGAGUCUCUUAUCUAGGAUAUGAAAUAACGGGAGGACUUCGAGAACUUGGAACUGCCCGAAAAGAAGCCAUUUGCCAAACGCCAAGGCCGUCCACAACCAAGGACCUUCAAACAUUCUUGGGUAUGACUGGGUGGUGCUGGCUCUGGAUCCAUGAUUAUGGUAUACUGGUAAGACCAUUAUAUGAACUGCUAAAAGAAAACUCCUCUGUUUUGGAAUGGACUGAUCAAGCUGAGGAGGCAUUUGUACAUUUAAAAAUAGAACUCAUGAGAGCUCUGGCUUUAGGACUUCCGGAUGUGACUAAGCCCUUUUGGUUAUACUCCUAUGAAAAGCGGGGAAUAGCUCUAGGGGUCCUAGCCCAGAGAUUAGGACCUUAUAAAAAGGCAGUAGCCUAUUUUUCGAAACCAUUGGAUGAAGUGAGCAAAGGCUGGCCAGGAUGCCUAAGUGCAGUGGCCACAGUCGCCACUAACAUCCAAGAAGCCCGCAAGUUUACUCUGGGACAGAAAAUUACCGUGCUGGUAUCACAUGUGGUAUCAGCAGUUCUGGAACAAAAAGGGACUCAUCGGCUAUCUCCAUCACGCUUCUUGAAAUAUCAGGCCACCCUUGUGGAACAAGAUGAUAUUGAAAUUGUGGUCACUGAUGUUGUAAAUCCAGCAUCUUCUCUUAAGGAAACCCCUACUGAACUGCUGGUCCAUGAUUGUCUGACUGCCAUAGAGACAGUAUACUCAAGUCGACCAGACAUAAAGGAGGAACCUUUGGAAGGUGCAGAUUCCUGCUUUACCGACGGCAGCAGCUUCAUGAAAAACGGUAAACGAAAAGCAGGAUAUGCUGUAACCACAACUUCACAGGUAAUAGAGGCUAAACCCUUACCUUCUAACACGUCAGUGCAAAAGGCUGAAACAAUAGCCCUGACUAGGGCUUUGGAAUUGGCAAAAGAUAAAGGGAUAAAUAUAUGGGCUGAUUCUAAAUGUGCCUUUGGCGUUGUUUACGCACAUGAUGCUAUUUGGAAAGAACAAGGACUCUUAACUACUCAGGGAAAGCAAGUUAAACAUGCAUCAGAAAUCCUGCACUUGCUAGAGGCCGUGCAACUACCUAAGGAAGUAGCCGUUAUGCAUUGUAAAGGACAUCAAAGAGGUAGUUCUGAUCAAGAAAUUGGGAAUAAUUUGGCCAACCAUGAAGCGAAACGAGCUGCAGAACAAGCCAAAAUUAUGUCCUUAAUUCCUGAUGGUAAGCCAACAAUUGAACAGACUAGACCCAGAUAUUCAAAGGAAGAUAAGUAAUUAAUUGAGGAUUUGAAGGGAGAAGAAAAUAAAGAAGGUUGGGUUCAAAUAUCUGAUGGGCAAAUUGUAGUUCUGUAUAACCAGAUGUGGAAGUUAAUAAGGGAAGAACAUAAUAAGACUCAUUGGGGCGCGAACUCAUUGUAUAAAUAUUUAGACCGACAAAUCGUAGGAAGAAAUUUAUAUACCACAGUCCAACUGGUAACAAAACACUGUCAGUUGUGUCUGAAAAAUAAUCCUCAGACUGAAAACAAGAAUCAGAUUGGGACAAUUUGGAAAGGAAAUUAUCCGGGACAACAGUACAAAUAGAUUUUUCUGAAUUACCUAGGAAAGGAGGUUAUUGAUAUUUGUUGGUAUUGGUAGACACUUUUUCAGGCUGGCCAGAAGCAUUCCCUUGUAGAGUGAAUAAUGUGAGACAAGUAAUUAAAACACUAUUAAAUGAAGUAAUACCUUGUUUUGGGGUAGCAGCGACUACCUCCUCUGACUGAGGCUCGCAUUUCAGUGCAAAAUUGUUGCAAGAAAUCAGCAGGAAAUUAGAAAUUGAUUGACAAUUACAUGUUCCAUAUAGGCCUCAGGCCAGUGGACAAGUAUAAAAGUUGAAUCAUCUAAUCAAACAACAAAUUGGUAAGAUUUGUCAAGAGACAAAUUUGUACUGUUAUCAGGCAUUACCAUUGGCCUUACAUUAGGAGAAAAGUUUGACACCCCUUUAAUUGGAGUUCCCAUUCCCCAAAAUGUAUCAUGAAAUCAUACCUCAGACCAAGGACUUGAAUAUGGGAACAGGUUAAGGUGUUCCAUAAGGUCGCUGAGGAUGAUACCUCAUGGGGAUUUGAGGAAAUCUGGAAGAAAUUGACAUCUUGGUUGCCAAAUCUCUCCUGGUUGAGACAGUUGUUCAUAGGAAUAAUAAUAUUGAUAAUUCUAA